GUGAAUUGGGCUUGGCAAGUAUUCAGGAAGUGUAUCUGUACAGAGCUGGAAUUAAGGUUUCACUUUGACCGGCAGGCUAAACAAGGAAGCAGAUACUGAUUGGAUUGUACUAGCAGGGAGCUAAGUGUGAGCUGUGUGAGCCCCAGUCCUUCCUGUGCAAGAGAAGACCUUCGGACUAGUUUAGCAGCACAGGGUGUAAUUACUGGCAGGGAUGUAGCAGUAAAUAUUCAGGGCUGGCAAAGUAUAGUAUCAAGGUAGGGAAUAUAUAUAUAUAUAUAUAUAUCUGUAUAGCAUAUGAGAAGAAUGGUAAUAAGAAGAAGAUACACAGUAUAUUGAGUGAAGUGAAGGAGGAUCACACCAAGCACAACACUAGUUCUGCAGAACAGACACCAUGAGCCUUCUAUCCCAGCUCUGCCCAUUUACCUUCGGGUGUAAUGUCUUCACACUGGGCAUCAUCUUCACCCUUCUGUUUCUGCUGUUGGACUUCAUGAAGCGCAGGAAACCCUGCACAGACUUCCCUCCCAGCCCUCCCUCCUGGCCCUUUGUGUGCAAUCUGCUGCAGAUGGACUUUAGAGACCUAAACAACGGCUUUAAACAGCUCUCUAAACAGUAUGGGGAUGUGAUGAGCCUGCAGGUCUUUUGGAAAUCCAUGGUGGUGCUCAAUGGAUUUGAAGUAAUAAAGGAGGCUUUGAUACAGAAGUCAGAGGACACAGCAGAUCGUCCCCCAUUCAACUUGUAUGAAAUCCUUGGGUUUGUCGGAAACAACAAAGGUGUGCUGUUGGCAAAUUACGGCCAAUCUUGGAAGGACCUAAGAAGAUUCACCUUGUCUACAUUGAAGGAUUUUGGGAUGGGAAAAAAAUCCCUGGAGGAGAGAGUGGGAGAAGAAGCUGGGUACCUGUGUGAUGCCUUCCAGUCUGAACAAGGCCGUCCCUUUGACCCCCAUGUUUUAAUAAACACAGCAGUCAGUAACGUUAUCUGCUCUAUCAUAUUUGGGGAACGCUUUGAAUAUGAUGAUCACAAGUUCCAGAAGCUGCUAUGUCUAAUUGAAGAAGGUAUAAAAGCAGAAUCUAGGCCAGUGCCCCAGAUUGUAAGUUCACUUCCAUGGUCAUCUAAAUUUCCGGGCCUAGCCAGGCUGUUUUUCCAACCUCGGUUACGUAUGCUUCAAUAUCUACAAGAAAUUAUCAAUGAGCAUAAGCAAACAUGGGAUUCUGGGCACACAAGGGAUUUUAUUGAUGCCUUCAUGCUUGAGAUGGAAAAGGCAAAAGGAGUUAAAGACAGUAAUUUUAAUGAUCAGAAUCUUCUGUUAACUAUAGCAGAGUUAUUUGUAGCUGGCACAGAAACUACAACCACAACCCUGAGAUGGGGCCUGCUGUUUAUGUUGCUGUACCCAGAUGUGCAAAGAAAGGUGCGUGAAGAAAUUGACCGAGUGAUUGGAAGAACCAGGAAGCCUACCAUGGGAGAUGUAUUACAGAUGCCUUAUACCAAUGCAGUCAUCCAUGAAAUCCAGCGUUAUGGAGAUAUAAUCCCUCUCUCUAUGCCACAUAUGGCAUACAGAGACACACAUAUCAAAAGCUUUUUCAUCCCAAAGGGCACCGUUAUUAUGACCAACCUGUCUUCUGUGCUUAAAGAUGAGAAAGUCUGGGAAAAGCCUUUCCAGUUUUAUCCGGAGCAUUUUCUUGAUGGGGACGGCAAGUUUGUGAAAAGAGAAGCAUUCAUGGCAUUCUCUGCAGGUCGCCGUGUUUGCCUAGGAGAGCAGUUGGCCAGGAUGGAACUGUUCCUCUUCUUUUCGUCUCUCCUGCAGCGCUUCUCAUUUCAGAUCCCUGAUGGCGAGCCUUGCCCACGGGAAGAUCCAGUAUUUGCAUUCUUCCAGGUCCCACAUGAUCAUAAAAUCUGUGCAAAGGCUAGAUAGACAGCUGCUUAUUACACACAAUACACACAAUACAGAAAAUAGUUGAUAUUAAAAAAUGAAUCUACUUGGUAGCAUACGUAAUUGCCAGUUUUUUGGCACAGAAAGUCUAAAAGCUGAAUUUGUGUGAUCAGGCUAUUUGUUGUUAUGCCACUGGCUCUUCUUCCCAUGGUACCUUCUGGCUCAACUCUCCCUUUUCAUAAAGUCACUUCUCAUCUAUGACACUUGCCAUAAAAAACUGACAACUGUAUGUAACCCCUAUUUGGCUGUAAAAACAGGCAGCGCCAGCUAGAAUGGCUUUAGAGCAUGGGGUACAUAGGACUCUACAC